CUAGCAAAUCCCUAAAAAAUCCCAUCAGGGAAAUGCCCACUCUGCUCUCCCUUCCCACCAGGUCCAGAGGGGACCCACUUAUCUAGGGGUGGACUUUGCCUGAAGGUGCGUUUUCCUCGGGAACAGCCCCUCUGACCCUCUUUGCCUUGUCCCAGCACCUUGCCGAGUGAGCCGAAACCCUCGUGGACACGGUGCUCUGAAAGCCGAGAUGGGGAGGGAGGACCUUGUCCGAGAGGAGCUGGGCACCCUCCAUGGGAUCCCCCUCUACAAGUGGUUCAUCCAGGGCUGGCCACAAGUGGAGUCUUUCAAAGCCCGGCCCGAUGACCUGCUCAUCUGCACCUACCCCAAAUCAGGCACCACGUGGCUCAGUGAGAUCUUGGACAUGAUCUACCAUGAUGGCGAUGUGGAGAAAUGCAAGCGGGAUGCCAUCUUCAACCGGGUGCCCUUCCUGGAGAUGAAUGCCCCUGACAUGCAGAAUGGUGUCGAACUACUGACCAAGAUGCCUUCGCCGCGCCUGGUGAAGACCCACCUCCCCAUCCAGCUGCUCCCUGUCUCCUUCUGGGAUCAGGACUGCAAGGUGAUCUACGUUGCCCGCAACCCCAAGGAUGUGGCCGUUUCCUACUACUACUUCUACCAAAUGGCAAAGAUGCACCCUGACCCUGGCACAAUGGAGGACUUUCUGCAGAACUUCAUGGCUGGGAAAGUGGCGUACGGGUCCUGGUACACCCACGUGAAAGACUGGUGGGAGAAGAGGAAGGAGAAGCGGGUCCUCUAUCUCUUCUAUGAGGAUAUGAAGCAGGACCCCCGGCGGGAGAUCGGGAAGGUAGCGCAGUUCCUGCAGCAGGACCUGCCGGCGGCAGUGCUGGAUGCCAUCACCCGCCACACCUCCUUCGAGGCCAUGCGGGACAACCCCACCACCAACUACACCUCGGUGCCCGCCGAUCUCAUGGACCAUGACAUCAGCCCCUUCAUGCGCAAAGGCAUCGCCGGCGACUGGAAGAACCACUUCACCGUGGCCCAGAGCGAGCGCUUCGACGAGGAUUACGCGCAGAAGAUGGCAGGGACCGACCUGCACUUUCGCACCGAGCUCUGAGGACGGCGCCCACCGCGCACCCCACGGCCCCACCGGAGCCCACUGGCCCCUUUUUCUGCCCCCCACCCAAUAUUUCCUCUCGGCAUUGGCAUUAGUACUGCCCCAGCACCUGGUUGCAUCUCACUAAUUUUCUUACGCAAAAGGUUGUUUUACAAAGUGGGAGCUUGAUGCCUGCAUGGUCACUGAUAGUCCAAGGACACCUCCGGCCCGUGUAAAGGUUAUUCCAACACUAGGAAGCACGGCGGAGUCUCCCUAGAGUUAAUAUUGCACUCAUCGCACAUAAACCUCCUUGGCUGUGUCUAAGAUAUGUCCUAUGCGACAGCUAUUUUGAAGAAAUAAUGCCAGCUUUUCAGCUAUUGGGAGUGCAUUUCUAACUAAGCCAAGAGCCCCAAGUCCCACCUGCGGUGAGCAUUUGGGGUCCCCUUGGUCUGUGAGCCCCCAAAUACGCACUGGCGCGGUGACGUUUCCAGCAUGCGACAAAUAAAGGUGGUUUCCUGCCCAGUA